UGCGCCUGGGACACCCAGCACUCUCCCUGCAAGAUGUUCAUCGAAGGCACGCACAGACAGAUUCUCUCCCACCUCCGCCAACGCCAUGGUGUAGUGCAUAAUGGCAAUGAGGAGCUCCAAUGCCUUUGGAGCUCAUGCUCGACAGACGGACUCUUGAAGAUGGGUAGUUUCGCAAGGCACAUUACAAGACAUCUGGGUAUCCAGUUCAGGUGCUCGCAAUGUGAACUCGUCAUGGCUCGUGACGAUGUCGUUCGCGCACAU